GGGGAAGGGGGCGGGGCGGGGGAGGGGCCGCAGCGCUUUUUCCGGAGGUCGCGCGCCCGAGAGCCCGCGCUGUCCGCCGCCGCUGCCUGAGUCGACUCUGCGCCGCCCGCCGCGAUGGAGGCCGCCGCCCAUUUCUUCGUCGAGAGCCCGGACGUGGUCUACGGCCCCGAGGCCAUCGAGGCGCAAUACGAGUACCGGACGACGCGCGUCAGCCGCGAGGGUGGCGUUCUCAAGGUGCACCCCACGUCCACGCGCUUCACCUUCCGGACCGCCAGGCAGGUGCCCCGGCUCGGGGUCAUGCUUGUUGGCUGGGGCGGGAACAACGGCUCCACACUCACCGCCGCGGUGCUGGCCAACCGACUGCGUCUGUCCUGGCCCACGCGCAGCGGCCGCAAGGAGGCCAACUACUACGGCUCGCUGACUCAGGCGGGCACCGUGAGCCUGGGCCUGGACGCCGAGGGCCAGGAGGUGUUCGUACCCUUCAGCGCGCUGCUGCCCAUGGUGGCGCCCAACGACCUUGUGUUCGAUGGCUGGGACAUCUCGUCGCUGAACCUGGCCGAGGCGAUGCGGCGCGCGAAGGUGCUGGACUGGGGGCUGCAGGAGCAACUGUGGCCGCACAUGGAGGCCCUGCGGCCUCGGCCUUCUGUUUACAUCCCCGAAUUCAUCGCGGCCAACCAGAGCGCGCGCGCGGACAACCUCAUCCCAGGCUCGCGUGCGCAGCAGCUGGAGCAGAUCCGCAGGGACAUCCGAGACUUCCGGUCUAGCGCGGGGCUGGACAAAGUCAUAGUGCUGUGGACGGCGAACACGGAGCGCUUUUGUGAGGUGAUUCCAGGCCUCAACGACACAGCCGAGAACCUACUGCGCACCAUUGAGCUCGGUCUGGAGGUGUCACCCUCCACGCUCUUCGCCGUGGCCAGCAUCCUGGAGGGCUGUGCCUUCCUCAAUGGGUCCCCGCAGAACACCCUGGUGCCCGGAGCUCUUGAGCUCGCGUGGCAGCACCGGGUUUUUGUGGGCGGAGAUGACUUCAAGUCAGGCCAGACCAAAGUCAAGUCCGUGCUUGUGGACUUCCUCAUUGGCUCCGGCCUCAAGACCAUGUCCAUCGUGAGUUACAACCACCUGGGCAACAACGAUGGGGAGAACCUGUCGGCGCCAUUGCAGUUCCGCUCUAAGGAGGUGUCCAAGAGCAACGUGGUGGACGACAUGGUGCAGAGCAACCCAGUGCUCUAUACGCCCGGCGAAGAGCCUGACCACUGCGUGGUCAUCAAGUAUGUGCCGUACGUGGGUGACAGCAAGCGCGCGCUGGAUGAGUAUACCUCGGAGCUGAUGCUGGGCGGAACCAACACACUGGUGCUGCACAACACGUGCGAGGACUCGCUGCUGGCCGCACCCAUCAUGCUGGACCUGGCGCUGCUGACCGAGCUGUGCCAGCGCGUGAGCUUCUGCACUGACAUGGACCCCGAGCCGCAGACCUUCCACCCCGUGCUGUCCCUGCUCAGCUUCCUCUUCAAGGCGCCACUAGUGCCGCCCGGCAGCCCGGUGGUCAAUGCGCUUUUCCGCCAGCGCAGCUGCAUCGAGAACAUCCUCAGGGCCUGCGUGGGGCUCCCGCCACAGAACCACAUGCUCCUGGAACACAAAAUGGAGCGCCCAGGGCCCAGCCUCAAGCGAGUCGGACCCGUGGCUGCCACCUACCCUGUGUUGAACAAGAAAGGACCGGUACCCACUGCCACCAAUGGCUGCACCGGUGAUGCCAAUGGGCAUCUGCAAGAGGAGCCCCCAAUGCCCACCACCUGAGGCCCUGGUCACACAGUUUCUCAGCUCUUCCUCCCCGCUGCCCCCCACGACCCUACCUUGAAGGCCCCCACAAAUAAAGGCGCUGCCACUCA